AAAGUUUGUACAAUCAACUACACUUAACAGAAGAAAGAAACUGUAAAGAAUAAGUGAAGCUGUAGGCAAGAAGAUGACAAGAAAUAUGAUUCAAAAAUCGAUUAGAAUUUUGCUGCUACAAUUGCUUGGAGUAGCAAUCGUGUGUGGUUUGAGUGUUGCUGGAACUGGAAGUGCUAGCGGUAGUAUUAUGAACAAUAGUCUUAAUCCCUAUUCACCAUCGUCAAGUGGAUCAUCAACAACAGCUCCAUCGAUGCUCGAAACAUACUUACAAACGUUUCCAUUCAAUGAACAACAAAAUAUCCUAACGACUGUUUAUCAUGCUUCAGCGAAGCAUCAAACCAGCACAAUGGGUGUUGAGAAAGAAAAGCUGACAACAUCGAGUGUACCGUCGUUCAGCUCCACCACCCACACAUCAACAGAAACAACUCAGAAUUUCUCUCCAAACCAAAACACACAAACGCCAUUUAUCAUUUCAACUGGCUCGUCAACAUCCGCAUCGUCUUAUCCCUUGACAACAGCGAACUUAUCAGAAAAUCCUGAACAACCAGUUCUUAUUUCCACUGGACCCAUUCUACUAGGAUGCGGACCAAAUAACCGUGAAGGAAUUGGAAUUCAAAAAGCUCUAGAUUGGCUUCGUGAAAAACGUGUUUCAGAUUACGGAUGGGAGAAUGACACACAUAUGGUGAUUCUGGCAAAGGAGCUUUCUAACGGUCGUGAACCAAAUGAUUCCGAUGGACACUUGCAAGUAAUUUCCGAUUUGGAAGACAUGUUGUCGAUCAAACAGAUGGAAGUUGACAUUCUAAUAAUGCUCGACAAACAUCGUUCACCGAUUUCAAAGCCAUUAGAAACGGACCGCUUAGCACGUUAUAUUUUGUCAUUGGGUUCAUUGUGCAAGGAUCCCAGACGGUUUUACGGCCAUGAUUUAAUCACACUUGUGCAACAUCAUGAACCGACACAAGAUGAUGAAUUUGCGCUCGCAACAUUAGCAGCUUGCAGCUCUGCUACUCAUGUUAGAAAGCGUCAAAUACGACGAUUGUUGGACAUUGCCAGUGGGGAAAUCACAAAUAUUGAUACAAUGGCAAUGGUUUUACUUGCAUUGCGAUGUAUAAUAACGGAUCAUCGCCAUCGGCAUUUACAACACUUUAUUAGAAGGCCUGCAUUGGGAUUGGCUGGUCUCCAAGGACCACGAGGUAGUUUUGGUUCCCUUCGAAGUACAGCACUUGCAAUGCAAGCACUUCAAGACUUACAACUUGACAGUACUUCAACAUACAAUCGAACAGCUGCAUCUAAGUGGAUUUUAGAUCGUCAAAGGAAUGACGGUGGGUGGAGUGAAGAACCCUUACAAGAUGGUCAAGAUCCAACUAUUGGAGUUGGAUUAACCGCCGAUAUUAUUUUGGCUUUAGGUUGCAAAGGACUUGGUGCCAUAAGAGCUUUACAAUGUGAUCAUGUCGUUCGAGAAACAAAUGGAAAUGGAGAAAAUCAUGAAAAUGGUGGAGAGAAAAUUGCACAACCUGUCGGCUUACCUUCAACAUCAGCAGAAGAUACAGAACAGAGAAAUGUUUCUUACACGUAUACACUUUGGCUUGAAUCAAACAUCACUGAGAUUUAUUCACUUCAACUUGUAUCUUCGAAGAACACAAGUUUCUUCAAAGCGAUGACGCAAGCAGCUGAUCAAGACUCAAGGUUCUCAUUUGAGGCUCGCGAAUGGCCCAACGGCCAUUACAUUCAUACACUUGCUGGCAAGAAAGAAGAACCAACAUUAUAUCAUUAUUGGCUUCUUUAUCGCUUGCCCGAAUUUCCAGAUCCGGAAGCAGCCCCAGGCAAUCAAUUAAUAGCGCCAGUUGGGGUCGAUGAACUGAUGGUGGAGGAUGGUGAACAUUACUUGUAUUGGUAUAAGAAACUAUAAAUGCUGCAACAUCUUAAAUAAUCCAACAAAUUUGGUGAAAACGAAGAAUGAAGAAGUUUAUUUUGUUCUUAUUUGAGUUUUGUUCAAUUUAGAAAGCAGGCUGAAGAAGCAAACAUUUCACUUUCUUCACGUCUUUUCAAUUCAAUAUAUUUACUUCCCAUGUACAUGACUCAAAAGAAAUGCCAAGGAUUUGAUUUGUACCCUAAAAGUAUCACAAAGAGAAAACGUCAAAGAAAAUUCUAUCAGUUUGGUUAUGAAGUUAGAAUCCGGCAAGACGGCGAUUUUUGUGUUGUGGAAUUGAAACGAUUUUUGUAUUGUCAUUUUAUGUAACUUUUGUGAAUGAUGUCAAGAAAGUUUUCAGAACCGUUUUUAACUUCCCUAAGACACGAGAACGAAUCUAAGUGAAGGGUUUAUAAUCAAAUCAAGUCACCAACUUUAAUCAUUAUAUUUAAAUGUGGCUCUUAAGAUUGCGUAUUUAGGACGAUGUUCUUAUGAAAAUUUUCAGAAAGAUUACAAUAAAUAAUAGUUAAAGUUUGAAAGCAUCAAUUAAAGCUUUCAUCUUGAGAAAAUCUUAUAAGCUUUUGAAAUGAGGAUAAGAAGAUUCAUAAGAUGUGAGAUGAAGAACAAAACCAGAAAUUGACAUCAUUUACAAAAGCAGCCCUUUUAAUUUAAUUUCAUUCACCAAACUUUUCUCAAAUUAAUCUUCAGAGGACCCUUAUUUAAAAGUUGAUAACCAUAAAGAGGAGCUUUCGUUUAUAACAGUAUAAAAUUUAUAUCUUUACAAAAAACAAAUGUAAGAAAGUUAACGAAUAAAAGAAAAGGCAUAAAUUUCAUUUUUAUUCUUCUUUUUGAUAAAAAGCUUCUUAGGUUACUUAAAUUACAAUUGAUCAAAAGUUACCGGGAUACGAAAUGAAAAAUUUAUAAAAUCAAAUAAAAUUUGUUAGAUAAAAGCUUUUGUAAAAG